UUCCACAGUAUGAAAACAUACUAUGGAAGUGAAUGGGCACUAGUAACUUGUGAUGGUAAGUAAAAGACAGAAUGUUUAUUUUUGCUGAACUAUCCCUUCAAGUAAAAAAAUAAUAACCUUUUUCCUUCCUUUCUAGUGUAAUGUAGACUAAUACUUGGUAACACUUCACAUAUUAAUUUACACAUAAAAGAGGAGAUAAAAGAGGUAUAAGUAGUACGAUGUUUCAUAUUUACCAUACUUAGUUUCAAACCAAUUCUUUAUGGUGUAGAAAACUAAACGUUUCGGAAAUAAAGAUUUCUAGAUGUCUCAGUGAAAGCCACAAUAUAAUUUCACUUCUCCAUAUCCAGUUAAAGAGACAGCUCACCUAAAAAUGAAUAUUUAGCUUUUUUCACUUUUUUAGCUAUUCAGUUUCUGUUUAGUGUUUAGUUUCUAUUUAGUUGCUAUUUAGUAUUUAUUUAUUUUCUGAAGAAUGUUGGCACCCAAACAGCUGUUGGUUUCCAUUGAAUUCCAUAAUAUUUUUUUUUUCCUAUACUGUGGAAGUUACUGGCUACCAGCAACGGUCUUUAAAAUACUUUUUCUUGUGUUCAACAGAAGAAAGAAACUUUUACAGGUUUGGAACUACCUUUUGUAAAUGCUGACAGAAUAUUCAUGUUUGGGUGAACUAUCUCUUUAAGCAUACUCGCCACACUGCUAGAAAGUGAGAGAGAGACAAGACGAAAGAGAGGAAGAGAGUACCAUACAGUGAGAAAAAGGCAGGAAGAAAUGCUGAACUCUCACUUUGGCAGCAUUUUAUACUACUCUAAAAGUGACAUAUUGAGAUUUAGCGUAGCACCAAUGUCUGAAUGAAAAUCUGCUGUAUGUUAUCAGUGACUUCUCCUGUGUAUAACUAUGAUGAGCCCAGAUUCAGAGCAAAACUUCUCUUGCCACAACUUGUAUGACCAUCGUCCAGUGGCCCGAAUUCUCAUCCCUCUGGCCUACUCCAUCAUAUGUCCGGUGGGACUUUUAGGCAACGCCCUGGCUCUUCACGUGAUCUUCCUCAACAUCACCAAACUUAAUUCCAUCACGCUUUAUUCCGCCAACCUGGCUGUGUCUGAUAUCCUGUUCUGCCUGUCGCUUCCACUUCGAGCUGUUUACUAUGGCCUCGGCUUCCACUGGCCCCUGGGGGAAGGACUGUGUAAAGCCAUAGCACUGCUCUUCUAUUUGAAUUGCUAUGCCGGGGUAAACUUCAUGACCUGUUUGGCAGUGGAUCGUUUUGUGGCGCUGGUGUUUCCUCUAAAGCUGGCGAAAUUAAGAAAGGUGAAAAACGCACGGAUAGUGUGUCUAGCUAUAUGGUUGGUGGUUUUUGCCCAGACGUUGCCUCUUCUGACCAUUAACUUGACCAAAAAGGAGCCUGACAACAGCAUCACUUGUAUGGAAUACCCCAACUUUGAAGGUCUUUUCAAAGGGCUGCCCUACAUGCUGAUCGUGGGGGUAGUUUUAGGCUUCGGAGUGCCAGUGGCGACCAUCCUCGUCUGCUAUUCAAUAGUGACCCGUAAGCUACAUCUAGCAGCAAAGUCUAACCGACUCACAGAACGUUCUGGAAGAACCAAAAAAGCAAGAGGAGUGAUCGCAGGAGUGGUAUUUGUGUUUCUGGUGUGUUUCAGCCCAUACCAUAUAGAUCUACUGCAAUACAUGAUUCGAAAACUCACCUACGAUCCAGACUGCACUGAGCUACGGUCCUUUCAGAUAUCCCUGCAUAUUACGGUGUGUCUUAUGAACUUAAACUCCUGCCUGGAUCCCUUUGUUUACUUUUUUGCAUGUAAAGGCUACAAGCAGAAGCUGAUGAGAAUGAUGAAGUGGCAGGUUGGCACCCACUUCUCCAGUGCUGGAAGAACCUCGCCUGAAAGCUCAGGCACAGGUGACGUGCUCGGCACACGCCGCAACACCGGAAUAAAAAUGAACACUAUUAGAGAAGGUCUGUAGAACAAUUAUCAACAAAAGCCAACAUAAACUGAUGAAACGUGACAUCACAGACACACAUGGAGCCAAAAUUGAGACUUAAAAGCCAAAUACAAGGCUAAUUAAAACCACAAGUGGCCUAAGAAGUCACAGACAACUUGCCUCUCCAGACUGCAAACAGCACAUGCUUCAUGAAACAGAUGGACACUUGACAAGCUGGCAUCAAUGUGGUUAAAAAGAAAAAAAUAUACCUGCUGCAAAAAGACUAUAAUCCAUGAAGUAAGUGUUGAACGUUUUCAAACGUGUCAUUCAAAACGUAUUUGUUAAAGGGAUAAAAAAUGAAUUUGUCAAUAUUUACACUGCCAGUCAAAUGUUUUUGAACAGUAAGAUUUUUAAUGUUUUUUAAAGAGGUUUCUUCUGCUUACCAAGUCUGCAUUUAUUUGAUUCAAAAUUUUGAAAUAUUUUUACUAUUUAAAAUAACUGUUUUCUAUUUGAAUACAUUUUAAAAAUGCAAUUUAUUCCUGUGAUUUCAAAGCUGAAUUUUAGCAUAAUUACUGCAGUCACAUGAUCCUUCAGAAAUCACUCUAAUAUAAUAAUAAUUAGAGGUCGACCGAUGUAUCGGUUUUGCUGAUUAAUCGGCACCGAUAAUUGAUUGGUGGAACUAUCCAUGCCGAUAGUUUUUUCCGGGUUGGGUCCGUUGCUAGAGCGGCUGAGAAGGUCGUCAUUAUACAGCAAAUUCCCUAUAGUCUUUGUGUAAACAGCAAGAGAGCGGCCUCUAGUGCCAGAAAUCACUGACAGUAUGUGCCGUUUGUUUAGACACGUGACACUGCUCACUGCACAGAGCGGGACACUUCAAAUGCGGAUUUAAAACAUCGACAACGAAACGGUGUGUACAGUAUACUGUAGUGCAUGUGUCCAUGUCAUUACUAAGCGAUGAAUUUGUUGACUAGAUGCUGCAUUAGUGGAGAAAGGACAGCAGUAUAUUUUUGCCCAUUUGGUGAUCAAAUAAAGUCUUGUAGACCACCGCUUGAAUUAAACGCAAUGAGACGCGUCCAGUGUGUGUGAUACCGGACAGCUGCGAGUUCUUCUAGACGAAGCGCUGCACUUUUGCCCAUUGUGUGACUAACAUAUUUUUAUAUUUUGAUUAGAUAACCACAAAUGUUCUAGAACAGAAGCAGUUAAACUGUGAAAGUACACAAUAUCCAAAUGUAUGCAAUUUCAAUACUGUGGCCUUUGUGUAGAUAUUUAAAGAUGGCCAU